AUGCCUCCUUCCGACUUUGCAAAGGCCUCCAUCCCCGAUGUCCUCGCCAAACUGACAACGGAAGAAGCCAUCUUACUUACGGCGGGUGUAGGAUUCUGGCAUACCCAUGCUUUGGAAAGGCUCGGAGUACCAGCGAUCAAGGUUAGCGAUGGGCCUAAUGGAUUGAGGGGGAACCAUUUUUUCAGGGGUACACCUGCAAAAUGUCUUCCGUCUUCAACCGCAUUGGGUGCUACAUUUGAUCCUGAACUCAUCCACGAAGUCGGAAAAAAACUCCUUGCCGAAGAAGCCAAACUGCGUGCUGCGUCAUUGAUUCUAGCACCCACAUGCAAUAUACAGAGGAACCCGCUUGGGGGACGCAGCUUUGAAAGUUUCUCAGAAGACCCUUUUCUCUCAGGCCACAUUGCGGCUGCAUACAUCAAUGGUGUUCAAAGUGGGGGGAUUGGAGCCACUAUCAAGCACUUUGUCGGUAAUGAUAAGGAAAAUGACCGCAACGGAUAUGACAGCAUUAUCUCUCCAAGAGCUCUGCGUGAAAUUUAUCUGAUGCCAUUCAUGCUUGCGCAAAAGCACGCGCAGCCUUGGGCAUAUAUGACUGCUUACAACCGCGUCAAUGGCAUACACGUAUCGGAGGACAAUUUUUUGUUGAAAAAAGUUCUCAGGGAAGAAUGGAAAUAUGACGGCCUGAUCAUGAGCGACUGGCACGUAUUAUUUUACAGCGUAUCCGAUUCCCUCAACGCCGGACUCGAUCUCGAGAUGCCUGGAACUAACAAGUGGCGCACUAUCAACCUCGUUUCUCGCUCGAUCGAUGCCCGCAAGGUGACCACCAGAACGGUAAAGGAGCGAGCGAGGAGAGUUCUGGAAGCCGUGAAGAAGUGUGCCGCUGGGGCACCCGAGAUUCUGGACGGCGACGGUAUUGAGCAUACGGUCGAUACACAGGAGUCCAAGGAUCUUUUGCGAAGCGUUGCUGCCCAAUCAAUUGUGCUUCUGAAAAAUGAAGGUUCUAUCCUCCCGAUCCGCUUACCCAAAACCGAAUCAAAAAAGGCCAAAGUCGCCGUCAUUGGGCCAAAUGCGAAGGCGAUCGUGUUGAGUGGAGGGGGGUCCGCAGCACUCAAAGCAAGCUUCUUUGUCAGCCCAUUUGAAGGUAUCUCAAGGGCUCUAAAAGAGGAGGGUAAGAAGGACGGUUUGGAGGUGGAGGUGACAUACAGCGAGGGUUCCAGAGCAUACAAGACUAUGCCUUCACUGGACUACGACAUCUUUACUCCCUCCGGAGAGCGCGGCUGGAUAGCAUCAUGGCACGCCCAUCUGAAUGAUGAAAGCAUGGUGGCGAAGGAGGAAGUAUACGAGGAGAUGCUUCUAGACGAGACCCGCGUCUUCGUCAGCAUUGAUAAACCCAAGGGCAUUACAGAACGAUGGACAGUCAAGCUGAGGGGACAACUGAAGCCAAGGGAGAAGGACUGCUUGUUUGAGUUCGGGUUGACAGUCGCUGGACGUGCCAAACUAUUUGUUGAUGGAAAACUCAUCAUUGACAACUGGACCCGUCAAGUUCGUGGUGAAGAUUUCUUUGGCUGCGCAUCAAUCGAAGAGAAGGGCACUUUUGAGGCCAAGGCUGGGGUUAAGCACGAUAUCCUCGUCGAGUUUUGCAAUGUGCGAUCUCCUGCUGACGGGGACGAGGACGAGAUGCUCAUGGACAGCAAUCCCGGUGUGCGCCUCGGCGGUGCACCUGUAGAAGAUCCAGACGAGCUUAUGGCUACAGCUGUACAGCUGGCGAAGGAAGCAGACAUUGUCAUCGCUGUUGUUGGCCUCAACUCUGACUGGGAAACCGAGGGAUACGAUCGCACCACGCUUGCUUUGCCCGGUCGAACAGAUGAGCUGGUAUCGAAACUUGCAGAGGCGAACCCGAAGACAGUGGUCGUCACUCAAUCUGGUUCUGCGAUUACAAUGCCCUGGGCUGAGUCUGUUGCUGGACACAUCCACGCAUGGUACUUAGGCAAUGCAUCUGGGGACGCCAUCGCCGAUGUUUUAUUAGGGAGACACAACCCAUCCGCGAAACUAUCAUUAACCUUCCCAAAGAAUGAGAACGACGUACCUUCGUAUGGUCACUUCCAUUCUGAAGAUGGAAAGAUUAGAUAUUCGGAGGAUCUGUAUGUGCCAUCUAUAGCUGAUUCGGAAUUCUCUCUCACCGUGUCUCUGAAUGUUACCAACACUGGCAACGUUACCGGAUCCGAAGUCAUCCAGGUAUACAUCGCCGCCCCAACGACGUCUGAGCUUACACACCCACUUCUCCAACUCAAAGGAUUUGCGAAGGCCAAAAAUCUGGCACCGGGUGAAUCCAGAAAAGUUGACAUCGUACUCGAUAAGUACGCCGUGUCGUACUGGAGCGAGCUGUAUGAUACCUGGACCGUCGAGCAGGGCGUAUGGGGCAUCAAAGUCGGGACUGCGAGCGACAAAUUGGUGUUGGAGGACAGCUUCAAAAUCGAGAAAGGGUUUGAAUGGAAUGGUCUUUGA